UCGUUUGUAUAAGUAUUGGAUAUGCUUUAUUAGUACGUCGUUCAAUUUUAUUUGGAUUGUGUAAUAUUAAUACAGAAUGAAAUAAGGAAAAAUAUAAAAUGAAUAUCAAUUACCAAUAAGUAAAUAAAAUAUGUAUAUGCAGUAAUAUUUUUUAAUAACUUAAAAAAGAAUUGGAAUUCUUAGUGAACGAUGAACGAUUCAUUUUUUAAGAAGUGAACUAAUCAGCUAAGUUCAGUGAAGUAAUUCGUUUUUAAGAUUACUUCGUUCGCGUGCGACACAUGACUAUUUGGAAUAUUUCAACUCGGAUCAGAAUGUCGAAAAUUAUAACAUUGAACAAUUCGCAAAAAGUCCGCUUAUUAUACAAAACUAUAUUGAAAUUGCAUAGAGGUUUACCUUUUGAAUUGAGGGGUAUAGGAAAUAGCUAUGUAAAAAGAGAAUUUAAAUUACAUAAGGAUUGUAGUGUAACUGAAGCUCAUUUUUUUAUAGCUGAAUGGUCAAAUUACGCUAUUUUGUUGUCAGAACAAUUGGGCGUUCGAGGAAAGCCCAAAGGGAAACUUGGUUUUCAAAUGGAAUUAAACGAUUUGGACAAAUUUCGAGAAGACCAAAUAUUGCAAUUAUAUGAACUACUGAAAGCAAUAAAAGCGUAAUGUAAAAGAUUAAGAAUAUGCAGUUCAAAAUAGUAGAAGAAUUGAAAUGAUUGUGCUUGUAUUAAUUGUUUGAAAAUUACAAAAAGUUCUAUAAACUAAGAAAUUUACGGUAUCGUCAGCUUAAUAUUUGUUUAUGUAUUCUGAAAUUUUCAGGUCAGAAAUAAGGUUAACUUUUGUUAAUAAAACUUCAUAGAACACUAUUGAAAUCAAAA